ACCCUCCUCCGGUUCCUUGGGGCUCUCAGUCCAGCCCCGCCCCGGCGGUGUUGGUUGAGGGAGGCGCGGGGGGGAGACGCCUCGACCCAGCAGUGGUUGCGCGGGGGCAGAUGACCCACAGAAAUGCUUGCGGGUGAAGGAUGUACAGACACCUGGGCCGAGAGAAAAUGAGAAACAUCCACUCAGCCAUGAUGUGGAGGGAAAAGAGACACCAAGCACUGCCCGGGGGCUGCCAAAUGUCCACCUUGACCAAGAUCUCUGGCAAUCCCCACACACGCUGCCUUCAUCUCUUGGGUUAAAGGGACAAAUGGCAGCCUCCUCUUCAUCCUCUUCAGCUGGUGGAGUCAGUGGAAGCUCUGUAACUGGAUCUGGGUUCAGUGUCUCGGAACUUGCCCCACCACGGAAAGCCCUCUUUACGUACCCCAAAGGAGCUGGAGAAAUGUUAGAAGAUGGCUCCGAAAGAUUUCUUUGUGAAUCCGUUUUCAGCUAUCAGGUUGCCUCUACAUUAAAGCAAGUGAAACAUGAUCAACAAGUUGCUCGGAUGGAAAAACUAGCUGGUUUAGUGGAAGAACUGGAAGCAGAUGAGUGGAGGUACAAGCCAAUAGAGCAGUUGUUGGGGUUCACUCCAUCCUCAGGCUGAAAGCUUUGGGAUCACUGGUGUUGAAAGACAACACAAAUAUACAACACUCGGGAUUGAUUUUUAAAUAUGCUGCCAUUUAUCAGUGUGUUCCCAGGUGCAUCAUGUUUUUUUAAAUCCACACCAGGUGGCUCUGUAAUAGUAUCCAAUAAGUUGCAACCACAAAACUGUAAAUCCUUUUAGUCUUCUGCAGGGUAGACAUUUGUUAAUAAUUCAGCAGGGCCUGGUUUCUGUAACUUAUGAAAUACAGUACGUUUUAAAGGCUUGGCGAAUAAUCUGUUUGUUUAAAGGGGAAGGGAAGGUUAUUUUAAAAAACCCAAUCAUUUAUACUCACAAUGGAGUGUACGUGCCUGAACUGGCCAGGUAAUAUCAAUCAUUCAGGACCUGGAUACCUUUGCUGUUUUGAGUCCAAAUCCUGGAGGGAAAAAGCACAAGGCACUGAAUGGAAAGAAGAUUCUUUUUGAAGAUGAAUGUGAUAACAAACUGUGCAGGGUCAACUGAAGAGAAAAAUGUUAACCGAUUUCUAUAUUUAGAUCUCCUUGUUUUUGCUGAGUCUUUUCUGUCUGCUGGCAUGUUUCUUUUUUUGACUGUACACAGAAUGAGAAGGGAACUGCAGUUUAAUGCAGAGGCAAAUCUGCUCUCACUUUACCAUAAUGUACAAAACUGUUCAAUGGCCAAUAAAUUUCAAGAGUUUGAA